GUGAUGGCCUGUUGUGUUAUUGCAAUGGCCGUUGUCUCCAUUGUGGGAACCAAGACACAUCGUCUCUACACUGUCAUUGCCGUUUCUGUUGUGCACUGCUGCUUUAACUUUUAUGCGUUACCACUGAUCAUUGCAAAGGCCAACCUCUUCAGCUUCCUACAGUUAACGUUCAUGUUACGUUUUCCAGGGGCCAUCUCCACAUUCUACACAGCAGGGCCUGAUUGUGUCCCGGGCGGUCCACACUUCAGUUUGACCUUCUACCAGACAGUGGCGGGUGUCAUUGGUGUUGUGGCCGCAAUUUGUGGUAUUGUAAUGUUCAACUACAUUUUCUCCAAGCGGACCUACUGGAUGACAUUUAUUGUGACAACAUUGCUCCUUGUAAUGUCAAGCUUCUUUGACCUCAUCAUUGUGAUGCGCUGGAACAAACCCCGUGUCACUGAUUAUGUUGUUUUCAUUCUGGGU